UCUCCAUGCCGGAUGGAAUAAGAAUGGAAAAGCCAUGUGCUAGGAUAAUAUGUUUUCAUACUUGUAAACACUGUUCUAUUGUGGGGUAAAGGACAUGUAAAAACUUUGUUUUGUCAGCAAGAGGUAGAAUACACAACUGCACACGUGUCAAAGGCCUUGCGGCGCUUACGUGAGUGUAAACGAGAUAGAUAGACUACUAGAAAGGUGGAAACUGUCGAAACAGGCAGUAUUCGCGACAAUCGUGGGAAUUUCUUAGCACGACUUUCGACGAGCCAUUCGAAAAGUGCUAUUUUAUGUGAACAGACGUUGAAAGUAUUACGUUCUUUGAUGUUGCAUUUCUUAGUAAAAUUAAGUAUUUACUUAGGUUACAUGAAUUUGUGACUAUUUAUAGCAUCGGAUUAAAGAAUAUUACUACACGUGCCGCAAGAAUAGUGAUAUUUCAACCACAUAAAUUUUCCCUGCAAUCUAGUAUUUUGUGCACUCGUGACGAUCCGGUCUUGCCCCUCCACCGCCGUAUGUUUUGCGUUAUACCUUUCGUCUUGCUACAUAUCCAACAUUGACGCCGCUAUUUUAUUGAACUUAUUUACAUAUUCAAAUCAUUGCUGUUGUAAAAAGACAUAUUUCAAAGUUUUGGACUAUUCUUAUUUUGUUAGUUCUGUGAGCAGACAACGGCCUCAAACUGGCAGAAAAGAAGGUCGCUUUGACAUUAUGCCAGACUUCUGUGCUAAAAGUUUACUAUGCUGUUAUCGAAGAUGUAAUUGCGAAUGUGCGCGACGCCUUUCUGGAUGAGGGUGUCGACGAACAGGUUUUACAAGAGAUGAAACAAAAUUGGCGGGCAAAACUAAUGGCAAGCAAAGCUGUGGAAAUAAAUCCGGAACCUCCAGAGCCACAACCGCCACCAAUUGUAGCCAAUAAUCCGAAGCCAUCAAAGGCUGCCACCGCCAAAGCUAAGAAAGCAGCAGCGGCUGCCGCUGCAGCUGCAGCUCAACAAAACAGCAGUAAUAAUGCAACAAGUAGUGGCGCCAACGAUAUAAAACCAAACAUUGCACAGCUACAGUCGAACGUGGUAAAUGGAGCUGGUACUAUCGGUGGUCCAACCACAUCGGCUGCAGCCAACAACUCGGCCGCAAUGAAUGGAGGUCUUAAACAGGAGUUGGGAAAGUCAGUGUCGACGCUAAGCGGCGGAUUGAGCAACAGCUUACAGAAAUCGAAUGUGAUUGGCAGCGCGCAAACAGGUGCAGCACCAGUAGCUUCUUCAUCAGGAAUAGGCGGUGGUGUAGGUGGCUCACAGCCACAAUCAACAAAUUCAACCAUACCGAUUGUAGCCACACUUGAUCCAAAUCGCAUUAUGCCUGUAAACAUAACAUUACCCGCUCAAACUGGCUCCAUGAACACAGAAUCUCGUGUGCUCACCAUACAUGUUCCAGCAUCGGCGCUUCAAGAUAAUCAACUAACACAAAUUUUGACCGCGCAUUUAAUUUCGUCUAUAAUGUCGUUGCCAACAACGCUGGCCUCCUCAGUGUUGCAGCAGCACGUGAAUGCGGCGCUCAUUAAUAGCAACAUGCAGAAAAGUUUUAACGCUUCGAAGCAACUUGAUGGCGCUGUAGACACUUCAGACGAAGACGAAAGUGAAGAAAGCGAUGAUAACAUGGACAAUGAUGAUGACGAUGAUUUAGAUAAAGACGAUGACGAAGACGCGGAAAACGACGGUGGGGCCGAAGAAGAACCACUCAACAGUGAUGAUGAUGUGACGGACGAGGAUGCCAGCGAUGUAUUCGAAACGGAUAACGUUAUUGUUUGUCAGUAUGAUAAGAUCACACGUUCACGUAACAAAUGGAAGUUUUACCUUAAGGAUGGUAUUAUGAAUAUAGGUGGGAAAGAUUAUGUAUUCCAAAAGUCCAAUGGAGACGCGGAGUGGUAAAAACCAAUACCACAAGACAGUAAAGUUAUUUGCUACUUUUAAUGCUACCACACAUUUGCUUUCUGUAAUUUUUGAGCAAUUGUUCAUGCCAAAAGACAAAAUUUUUUAAUUUACUGUUGUUAUUAAUUCUGAAUCAGCAAGGCGUACAUAAGCAUUCAUAUUCAUAUUAAUUGCGCUUAUAUAUUGUAUUAAGUUCGACAUAUUUCCCAGACACAAAACAAAUAAGGAUUUAUAUGCACCGUUGAUCUGAACAGAAAUUGUAGUUUGAAAGCUCGAUAAUCUCUUUGCCAAACAUAAUUGCAACAAAUAGAAAUAGUUAAGCACGUGUAUAUAUGUAUAUGUAUACCUUUUUUGUGCUUUUGUAAAAUACCUGAUACAUGGCAGUUGAGAGUACAUUGAUAACAACAGCAAUACAAACAAAUAUUUACAUAAAAUUCGUUAUAGAUUAGAAAAGCAACAGCAAAAAUCGUGUUGAUGAAAAAGCACAUUUACUUUUACAUAUAAAACCGUAAUAGCUUUGUAUUAUUAUAAAAUUUAACAAAGCUGAAAAUAGUUAUUGUAUUAUCUAAUUUACAUUAUUAUUACAAAAUAAAAAUAUCAAAAUCAAGGCUCUAACAA